UUCCCCAUCGCUCUCACCUGGCUAGGGUCGCGGGGUCGCGGGAAGGACUCCCGGGAGAGCCCCGAGCGGGGUGGAGAUGGAGUCAGUGGUCUUUGAGGAUGUGACUGUGGACUUCACCCCAGAGGAGUGGGCUUUGUUGGAUCUGGCUCAGAGGAACCUCUACAGAGAUGUGAUGCUGGAGACCUUUAGGAACCUGGCCUCCGUGGGAGAAAACUGGAAAUGCCAUAGCAUUGAAGAUCAGCACAAGAACCAGGGACCACAUUUGAGAUGUCAUAUGGUGGAGAUACCCUCAGAAAAUAAUGAAAGUAGUCAAUGUGGAGAAACCAACCAGAUUUCCAAUCUUAUUGUACGUAAGAGACUGUCUACUGGAGUAAAAUCCUAUGAAUACAAUAGGCUUGAAAAAGCCAUCAUUGAUUCUUCAUCCCUAAAGAGUCCCAUAGCAUCAUCUCAACAUGGACAAAAACCCUAUCAAUGUAAGGAAUGUGGGAGAACUUUUAUUUGUUACUCAUCCUUUAGAGCACACAUAAGAGCUCACACUGAAGAGAAACCCUAUGCAUGUAAAGAAUGCGGAAAAGCCUUUAUAUAUUUCUCCAAACUUAGAGUCCAUAUAAGAACUCACACUGGAGAGAAGCCUUAUGAAUGUGAAAAAUGUGGGAAAACCUUCAGAUCUCCCUCAAACCUUUGGACACAUAGAGAAACUCACACUGUUGAGAAACCCUAUGCUUGUAAAGAAUGUGAGAAAUCCUUCUCUUCUCCCUCUUCUCUUAGAAAACAUGUGAAGGUUCACAGUGCAGAGAAAGCCUAUGAAUGUAAGGAAUGUGGGAAAGCCUUCCUUCAUUCUUUUUACCUGAUCAUUCAUGCAAGGAUGCACACUGGCGAGAAAGCCUACAGGUGUGUGGAAUGUGGGAAAGCCUACAGCUGGCCCUCAGAUCUGAGGAUUCACAUGAGGACACACUCUGGAGAAAAGCCUUACAAAUGUAAACAGUGUGGAAAAUCUUUCAGUUCUCCUUCUUCCUUUAAGGGACACUUGCGAACUCACACUGGAGAGAAGCCAUACGCAUGUAACGAAUGUGGGAAAGCCUUCAGUAGUCCUUCAUACUUUCGCACACAUGUGCGAAUUCACACUGGAGAAAAACCCUACGUGUGUAAGCAAUGUGGGAAAGCUUUCAGUUGGUCAUCAUCUUUUCGAGGACAUCUGAGAACUCACAGCAGAGAGAAACCCUAUGAGUGUAAGGAAUGUGGUAAAGCCUUCAGCAGGCUUUCAUCCUUACAAAGACACGUGAGAAUUCACACUGGGGAGAAACUCUAAAUGUCAGCAGUGUGGGGAAGCCUUCUGUUCUGCCCUAUCCUUAAAAAAACACAUGGAAACUCACUCAGGAGGGAAAUUCCACACAGUAAGUAAUGACGGAAGCCUUCAUGCAGGUUACAUGUA